AUGGUUGGCCACCGGCGCAAUGACGCCUUGAUGUGCCUCAUAUUCCCAGCAAGCUUGGGAGAACUGGGCCUGAAGUGGUUCGAAAGGCUUCCAGAAUGGAGUAUAGAGGGGUGGCAGCAACUAGCAGAAGCCUUCGUCACCAGAUUCAAAACCAACACUCGAACGCCGAAGGAGGUCGAUCAUCUUAUAGGCGUCAAGAUGGAGUCAGGGGGAUCAUUGAAGGCAUACAACGCGAAGUACUGGGAAACCUACAACGAAAUCCUCGACUGCCCUACCAAUCUGGCGAUCACUCAAUACAAACGGGGUCUCCUAGUCGGGCAUAGGCUGCGGGAUUCGCUCACAAUGCACCAAUCCACAACCAUGGAGUCCUUGAUGCAGCGGAUCAAUAAGCACAUUCGUGUAGAGGAUGAUGCCGCCUCCGCAAUCAAGAAGGUUAAUCCGGCCGCAGCGGACAGAAGGGUAGCAGGAAAAGUUCACUCGGUCAGGCAGGAGGAUAACCGCCCAAGCGACCGGCCAAAAGAUCAACGGCGUGGCCCAAACCGCGAUGACAGAAACAAGGGUCGCAGAAACGACCGAGCUGAUGCUCCCUGUGAUGCAGCGGAGGAUGCUAAGAGAAAAUUGAAGGCGCGGACUGGAAUCACCACGGUCUUUAAAAUACCUAUCUACCGCAUCUUGAGUGAGAUCAGAAGCGAGCCUUUUGUUUGCUGGCCGGCCAAGUUGGGGAAUGCACAGAGAGGCUUCAACUCAAGGUAUCGCUGCACUUUCCAUGAGGAACGAGGACACCGAACGGAGGACUGCUUGCCGCUCAAACAACAUUUGGAAGAGCUAGUGGCUGCGGGAUAUCUUGACCAAUACAUAGAUGGGGGUAUGAAAACCGCGCCAUUGGGGCAAACCGAGCCAAACGGCCUAGCCGCCCUAGAGGCAGCACCCCAAGGCAUAAUCAAAGUCAUCCAUGGCAUCGUUGAACCAGCAAGGGUCUGCGAACUCAGAGGGAUGAUUAAGAAAGCCGAGCACAUAAGGGAAGUGCUCUCCGUUCAGCCCGCUGUGAAGAAAGGGAAGACCGAGGAGAAGGACAUUCUUACCUUUUCGAGCAGGGACUUGGAGCGGAUCCAGAUGCCCCACAAUGGCGCCCUAGUGGUAACUCUUCGCAUCAAAGACUUUGACAUCAAGAGGAUCUUGAUCGACCAGGGAAGUUCGGUCGAAAUUAUGUACUAUGACGCGUUCAAACAAAUGAAGUUGGAGGACAAGGACUUGGCCCCUGCGACGUUCCCUUUGGUUGGUUUCAACUCUCAGCCAGAGUGGCCGGUAGGGAAGAUCAUACUGCCGGUCAAAGCGGGUUCAAUAACAAAGCAAGUAGAGUUCUGGGUGCUCAAAGUCCCAUCCACCUAUAACUUAAUUUUAGGCAGGGGCUGGUUGCACGCCAUGUAA